UAAUAAAUAAUAUAAAGGGAGCACCGAGUAUCUUCAUCAUUCACUGUUUUGGCUUCCAAAAUGGCACUUCCAAGAAGGAUGCGCCAUCGACUUCUACAGCUACUAAUGCUAGAGGAGACCGAAGAUCACGACGCAAUGCUUGCAGUGGUUGUUUGAGAUCGCCUGCACUUUUAUCGUGCUGGGCACGUGCGUCGUCUUAGUGUGACGCACUUCACAAGUAUGGUAGUAGUACUCGCCACGCACUUUGGAAGUAAGAUAAACGCACGGAGGAAGCGCACUCACCCCCCCUUUUUGUUAAAACGUACAUUGAAAGCAAGUUGAACGUACGAGUCUCUUGCGUGAGCCAUCUGUGCAAGUUGUAGAAGAGAGUGUUUCUAUUCAACGUGGCAGUUUCCAGGACUACCUUUUCUGUCCUGGCAAGGAACACAUUUACGCAACUGAUGAAAGCUGCCAGAAUACUUGUUGGAUUGACGAUAUGUGGUGCCAUCUUGUACUGGUGGACGAUCAUAUUCACAGCAAAACAUGGAAAUUCACUAAACCAUACCAGUAGUCCAUAUAUUCCACAUGCAGAGCGUGAUACCAUAGGUCAACGGAUAUGGGAGAACUUUAACUGGCAAAAUGUUUCGGGAGAAUGGGUGUCCAUCAUAAACAAAAGGAACCACAUGAUGCAAGACAGAUGCGGCAGUCUCAAAAAGGCACCCUCAGGUCGUCUUGAACGUAGAAGAUGGAUUCUUGUAGAUGAUCGUAACAAGUUUAUUUUAUGUCCACUGUUCAAAGCAGCCAGUCGCAACUGGCGACUUGUGUAUCAGGUUAUCUCUGGACAUCUUAAUAUAUCUGGUGAACAAGAUAUUUUCAAUCGUCGACCAGAUGGUUUCGCGUAUACCCGACUGGAUUCUUACGAUGAUAUUAACAUCAAGAAGAGAUUAGCGACGUAUCUCAAAGUUCUGGUCGUGCGUCACCCAAUGGAGAGGAUUAUAUCAGCGUACAAGGAUCAAGUGCUGGGUCUGCUAGGUCCACAAAUAAAACUGUAUCUGAACAAACAUUACCCAAAACAAAUUGAACAUAAAAUCGGGUUCGCAGAUUUUCUUCGGUUUAUAGUGGAUAAGAAAGCAACAAAUAGCCACUGGGCAUUGGUCCAAGACUUCUGUUUGCCGUGCCAUGUAAUGUACGAUGUUAUCGUCCAUCAUGAAGACCUUGACACUGACGCCAUGAAUGUAAUACGAUUGCUUGGUGUUGAAGACAUCGUACCACAAUUUCCGUCUUCACAUUUUACGAGUAAUAACCCCAAUCAGUCUCUUAUAUAUACAUAUUACAAUAGUAUUGACAGAAAACUGGUGGAAAAAGUAUGGAAAAUUUACAAAGAAGAUGCGAGCUUCUUUGGGUACACGCUGGAACUUUAAUGUGCAACUCGAAAGUGGGUUUCGUGCUGUGUUGUAUAAUACUACAACUUAGUAAUUGAAUAAAUUUUAACUUUUUAAAGUGAUAGAAUAUUUCUUUAUUUCUGUCUUGAAAAUUUUGUUGGGGGUCCUUAUCCCGACCACUAAUUACAAAAGUAAUUAAGAUAAAUGAUUAAGAUAUAGAAAAAUAU